AUGGAUUGCGCUACGAAUUGGUCUGUGAAAACUAGGGGAAAGUCCUGUUUGCCAACGUGUGUCUGGGAUUUGUGUUUUAGUCCUGAUGGCAAAUUAAUUGUCGCAGUUGCCGGUUGCAACGUACUGGUUUACAAAGCUGAAUGCGGAACAUUGCUGAGAACAUUAAAAGGUCAUAGAGACGUUUGCUUGUGUGUUAAGUUUAGUUCUGAUGGAUCCUAUUUUGCGAGUGGUGGGGUAGAUAAUAGUGUCAUAGUGUGGAAAAGUGUUGGCUUCGAUGGCGUCUUAAAAUACACGCACAACUCCAGCGUACAAAGUCUAUGUUUCAAUCCAAAGGUGUUACUUCUAGUCAGUUGUUCAUCCUGUGAUUUGGGUCUCUGGACGCCUGACCAAAAGUCCGUUAAGCGGGCCAAGCUUCCGUGUCGUCCCCUCUGUUUGGGGUGGACAAAUGACGGAAAUCUUCUAGCCGUUGGUUUGCAAAAUGGUUUUGUGACCAUACGGAAUCAAGGUGGGGAAGAGAUGAUGUCUGUUGAAAAGGGGGAUGGAGCCGCUAUAUGGGAUUUGCAGUGGACAUACUUAAACGGCAUGUUCAGCUCUUGUAAAGCGGAAAUGCUUGCGGUUUGUGAUUGGAGUGAAAGGUUGUCGUUCUACCACUUAGCCGGUAAACAGUGUGGAAAAGAUCGCUACCUUGGAUUUAUUCCUAUGUGCAUGAAGUGGAUUGGGGACUUGUCUGAGUAUUUGGCAAUUGCUGGACAAAAUCGGAAAGUGAAUUUGUACAGUUAUGAGGGUUGUCAGCUUGGAGCUCUCAGUGAAGAAAAUUCCUGGAUUCUGAGUUCUGCCAAGCACCCAAGAGAGAAGUGCUUGAUAAUCGGUUGUCAAGAUGGAACUAUUCGAAGCUUGACAUACUCCUUACCCAUCGUUCAUAGUUUCUUUCGCGAUCGCUAUGCCUUCAGAGAAAUAAUAACAGAUGUGGUUAUUCAGCAUCUAGUGACAGAACAAAGAGGUAGGCUGACAUUCUCCGUCUCAAGAUAUCCAGCUCGCAUCAAAUGUCGCGAUGUGGUGGAAAAAAUUGCUGUCUAUAGGAAUCGACUAGCAAUUCAACUCUCAGACCGUAUCCUCAUUUACGAAUCGGCACUUGAUGAUGCUUUCGAUAUGCAUUACCGAAUACAAGAAAAGGUUAUGCUAACGUUUGAUUGUCAACUACUCCUAUUAACGUCUCAACAUAUUGUCUACUUUCAAGGGCGCCGUAUAACGUGCAUAAACUCACAGAUUGCCAAAGUAACUCUGAGUAGCUUGUUCGCCGUACCUUUAAUAAAAGUUGCGACUACGAUCAGCUGCGUUGGCGUGAGCGCUGAUUGUGACAAAAUUGCUAUUAUUGAUGGGAGCAGCACCCUUACAAUACAUUCAUUAAUAACAAAUGAGAUUCACAUGCGCGAAUCCGGCGCGCGAAGUUUUGCUUGGAAUCAGAUCGACAACAAUCUUCUCUGCUACUGUAAUAAUGAUACUUUGUACGUAGUAGUUGAUGACUGCGUGUGCCAUCAACAACCUAUGGAAGGAAUCGUGAUAAGCUUCAAUGGAGCCUCUGUCUACUGUAUUUCUAAGCAGACCGUAAGAUGCGUAGACGUACAAUUAGCGCAGGCGAUGUAUUACUAUUUGAGUGCAGGUCGCUUGCAGGAGGCUUAUCGUAUUGCCUGCCUAGGUGUCGCAGAGAGUGAUUGGCGAGAGCUUGGCAAAGUUGCUCUCCUCGGCAUGGAAUUGCAGAUUGCACAGUCAGCAUUUAUUCAACUCGGCGAUCAUUUCCACUUGACCUACAUUCAACAGUUAAACGCAUACCGACGCCGUGGUGCUAUUCAAGAGCCUGCUUCAAAGUUGGCACUAACAGAGACACUUCUCAUAGAAGCUGAACUGGCUUGUUACCAAGGCAACUACAAUGAGGCCGUUAAAGCUUUCAAAAAGGCCAACCACCUAGACCGCGUAUUGGGUCUCUACGUUGAUCUGCGGCGAUUCGCCGAGGCCAAGGAGGCAUUGGUAUUGGCGGCCGGUGACGGCAGAGCGCAUUUUGAUCAGAAGCCCCAAGAUGCCACUAGUUUCCUGCUCACCAAACACGCCGAAUGGGCACGUGCCACCAAGGAUUACCGCGCUGCUGCCGUCAUGUUCAUUGAAGUUGGAGACUUUGCCGCAGCUGCUGAACUCGCAGUCGAACAUGGAUGGGUUGAUGUACUUUUGGAAAUUAGUCGGAAAAUUAACAAGGGUGAUCGAAUAGGUCUGGACUUAUGUGCAAAAAAGUUGGCGCACUUGGGAGAGUAUGCUUUCGCAGCCGACUGCUAUGCCCGAAUGGGUGAUAUCGGUAGCCAAGUUGACAUCCUUAUCAAAGCGGGUAAAUGGAAUGAAUUGCUGUCACUGGUUCAAGAAUAUCCCGAGUUCACGCGCAGAGUGUACCUUCCAUACGCUCAAUGGUUGGCCGAAAAUGACGAUUUUGAAGAAGCUCAAGCUGCAUUUGCUCAAGCAGGACUCGCAAAAGAAGCAGUCAAUUUUCUUGAAGAGUUGGCCAGUUGUGCUGUUUUUGAGUCGAGGUUCAACGAUGCCAGUUGGUACUACUGGAAGCUGUCGAGGCAAUGUGCCGAGGUGGCUAAAAAAGCAGACGAUAUGCGAGCAAAGCGGAACAAUUUGAAAAGAUUCGAAGCAUUUUCCAAACUCGCCGACUUGUACUAUGUGUACAAUAACAUUCAUCAAUACAUGAAUGAUCCCUUCGCGGCUCACAUGCCCGAAGCCUACCUCAAUAUGGCUCGAUAUUUGCUAAAUCGUAUGGGAAAGGACGAAAUCGAAGGGAUAUCUAAAGUGAACAUUUUAUGUACUCUGGCGAAAAAUAGCAGCACUCUUCAUGCUUUUAAACUAGCAAGAUGCGCUUUUGAUCGCCUACAGACUCUGCGUAUAAAGGAACCACUUCGAAGAAUAGUGGAGCUGCAGAGCUUAGCUAUCAGAGCUACACCUCUGCAGGACUCAGAAGAUAUCACUAUUGUUUGUUAUCGAUGCUCAAAUACUACCUCAAUGCUUCAAAAUGACAACCGUUGCAUCAACUGCAAAGCGCCCUUCAUUUACUCAUUUUUGUCUUUUGACAUUUUACCUCUCGUGGAAUUUAUACCAGACCCCGAGUUAACAGAGGAGGAGGUGGCUGAGUGCAUCCGAAUUGACUCGCCGGCUCGUCGUGAGGCUGUGCCUGAAGGCCUAUCAUGCGACGAUAAGGCCCUGGACACUGAACGAGACGUGUUCGCUGAAAAACUUGUCAAUUUCAACUUGGGUUCCGAUAAAUAUCAGCCUGUCGUAUUAGAUGCAAAAACGAUGAGAGCGAUACCGUCUUCUGAGAUUAUCAUCCUUGAUCCUGGUUACCCAAUGAGAAAACUAUUUUUUAAGAAUGUGCUACCGGAAGUUGGAGUCACUUGCUGCAAGUCCUGCAAUAAGAAAGAGGACUAUCAGGUUCUUCUCCUUCAAAAGCACCAGUGCCCUUUCUGCAGAUGCGGUGCCGAUGGUUAG